AUGUCGGGGACGAACCUGAAGGAGUUCCUGAAGAAGUACGGCCGGGUGGGCGUGGCCGUGCACUUCGGGUACUACGGAGUCUUCCUCGCCGGUAUUUACGCCGCCCUGAAGUCCAAUGUGGACGUCACAGGGAUGCUGAAGAAGACGGGGCUGCUGGGGCACAAGGAAGCGCAGCUGGACGAGGAGGGCAACAUGAUCAACUACGAGCCCUCGUGGCUCGAGAAGACCCUCGACUCGGGAGGCACGCUGGCGGUGGCGUUCGUGUGCAACAAGGCGCUCAUGCCGGUGCGGGGCACGGUGACCGUGGCGACGACGCCCUUCAUCGCGCGCGUGAUCGAGCGGUUGCGUGCCCGGAAAGCUGCUGCGCGCCCCUGA